GCAAAGAGAAGGGGGGUUACAGAGUUUAUAUGAAUGUGCCAAAGGGAGCCUGAGAGAGAGAGGUUUUCUGUGAGUUAUUGAGGGGGGGGGGGUUGUGGAGAGAGAGAGAGAGAGAGAGAUUCACAGUAGGGCAUAUCAGAAUAGCAGGGGGAGAGAAAGCACAGACAGAAAGAUUUGCCUUUUUAGAGUGCUUGAGCAAGAAACCUAGAUUAAACUUAAGCCUUGUGUAUCUCUCUCUUGCUCUCAGGGGAGGAACAGAAAGAAAAGGCCUGUGCUCCCUCAUUCCAUGCAAGUAACCUUUCAACUCCUCGCUGUCUCAAAACAACAACAAAAACCAGGACUGGAGAGCACCGACAGAGAGGACGGACAGAGAAACAGGCGAGGAGGAAAGAGCAAGAGUUCUUAGAAAGGUUGUGUCUCUGGAAUGCCUGGCUCAGGAUGCAGCCGCUGAGCAGUUCACUCCUUUCAGGAGCCAAGGGGAGCCGUGAUUGGCCACUGGCCUUUUCUGGGUGGAGCUGUAGAAGGGAUUUUACCUAUUCAUUGGCACUUUCUGCAAGGCCCCUCCCACCUCACUGACGCUCCGCCCUUGGGUUACAUCUUCUGUUGGAUUUGAGAAAACUCCAUCAGUGUAGAGCAGGGAUUGGCAACCUAUGGCACGUGUGCCAGCAUUGGCACGCAAAGGGAACUUCUUAAACUACUUUAAAGUGUUGUCAUCAAAAAAUCUUCCACAUGCAGCAUUGACAGCUUUGCAGAUCCUUGGCAUUCUAGCUGUCAGUUUGUCCAGAUACUCAGGCCCCUGUUCGCUGCCUGUGUUUCUGGGAAUGCAGUUUUUGCAUCAGAGGGGCAGUGCUGGAGAUGGCCAAACUCAGGGGCUAAGGUUAGGGUUUAAGGGUCAACACAAUUCAAAAGCUGCAGGAGUGGAUAUGGCAGGGCCUAUGGCCAAGCUCCAGGCACCACCAGGCACAAGCUUUGUGCACUAUGGAAAUUGGCUUGUGCUGACUUCACAACUGACCCCGGGCAUAUAGAGCCUUCCAUUUACGAAACGGGAAGCUUAUUUUCAAUUUUAAAGCCUUGUUGCACUUGUUCAGACAUUCUAGAACUCUCUAGAGCUUUUGUUUGUAUUACUUAACACUGCACAACUUCCCCUGAAACAAUCACCCAGUGCAAGUCACUAUGCGUCACAUCCAUGUGGAACUGGCUCGUAAAGAGCCAGCCAUUGAGCUUCCAGCCCAGGAUGGGGAUUUACCGUUGCCAAGUACUCAGAGCGAGAGCCCUGAACCAGCCCUACGGCGCGUAGUUCCCAGGCCUUUCGGAGAAGAAGAGAUCAGGCUGCAGAAAGUCUACCAACUAUCCAUCCUCUCCCAGAGAGGUGGUUUCGGGGAAAAUCAAGAUACACCACGGGCAGUCAGAGUAGGUGUGAAGCGUGGCCUGGAGGGACCACCUGUCCCUGUUGCCCACAAGCGUCUUUUUCAAGAGGAAGCAGAUGAUGAUGAUGAUGACUUCGAUGGGGAGGUGCUUUGUGGGUCUGGGGUGGAUCCACUUUUUUCCAGCUCACUCCUUGAGCACAGAGACUCAGAAAUCCCUAGGUCACCCCCACUUUCCCCCUCACACCCUCCCAUUCCUGGUCGCCGACCGGCCCAGCAUAACCAUGACAGGCCCAUUCCUGAUGCAUUUGCCCCACUCUCCCCAAAAUCUCCCCCUAUGGUGGACCCCCAGGGGACUCACUCUGCCUGGGGCCACUGUGAGGGGAGCCCACCCACCCUCACUCCAAGGACCGAGGCCUCCACAGCUGGGAAAGUCCCAACUGGUUCCAUCGAAGGGCCACGGGAUGAGGGCCACAACAACUGUAAUCUUUCUCUGGAGGUCAAGGGAACUUUGUGCACCACGGAGGUCAGUUGGGCACCUGUCCCGUUUUCAACACCAGCUGAAGCUCUCGAAUGGGGGACCAGUUUUGAACACUCUCCUCCACCGUCAGAAACAAAGACCACCUCCUCCAAUGGACUGAGCUCUCCUGAGAAAACUCCAGUGGAAGCAAAUGGUCUAACAGGGUCAUCCAGUUCUUGCCCAGUAAAGAAGAGACUUCUCUCCUCCAGCGAUACAGGAGAAUCCUGCUCGGAAGAUGAGGGCCCAUCCACCUCAAAACGCAGCCGACUGGCACUGUUGGCGCCGGGGCUUGGAUUAGCAUCCUGUCGCAGCACAGACGCAAAGGGUGCACCCUUCUGGAACCAUCUACUACCAUCAGCAAGAGAGCACACCAAGACUGCUACAGACUGUUCACGUGCAGGGAGAAGGCUCAAAGCUGGCAGCCGUCUCAAAAUUCGACAGCUGCGCAGUGGACGCAGAACAGAGACUGGUCACUCCUGUGGUUCAGUCUCCUCUUUAUCCUCCAUUAGCAGACCUCUUCUUGGCAACUUUGAGGAAUCAGUUCUAAAGGGUCGCUUCUCUCCAUCUGGGCGGAUAGAGGGCUUCACUGCAGAGAUCGGGGCUAGUGGCUCCUAUUGCCCACAACAUGCCACCUUACCUGUGCAAGUCACUUACUAUGACACAUCAGAGCACAGUGCACCUUCCCCCUUCUUGGGGGUAAUCUUGCUAGAGCCACUUGGGAAAAAAGGAUACAGUGUACCCAAAGCAGGGACCAUUCAAGUGACCUUAUUCAACCCCAAUAAGACUGUGGUUAAGAUGUUUUUGGUGACGUAUAAUUUUGGGGACAUGCCCGUUAAUCACAUGACCUUCUUGCGCCAUCGUAUCUUCCUGGUGCCUGUGGAGGAGACAGAGGGGUCAGGGGAGGGGCAGCAGGGCUCCUUGUCUGACAGGAAGAAGAUUCUCUGCUACUUGAUACACCUCAGAUUCCAGAGUUCCAAAUCUGGGAAAAUCUACUUGCACAAUGAUAUCCGGCUGCUAUUCUCCCGCAAGUCCAUCGAGGUGGAUGCUGGGAUUCCUUACGAGCUGAAAUCUUUCACCGAGGUGCCAAGAAACCCCAAAUACUCCCCCAGAGUGUGAGAUUGGGAUGCCCUGCUGCAACUGGGCAGAAAGACUGCAAGAAAAGAAAACCCCAUACACUUGAAAGACUGAUCUCAAACACGUGAAGAAAACAUACACACUUUCACACUGCAGAUACAUGCAUACACAGACAGGUGUAUGUACAGACACACCGAUAUCACACCCUAUUAUGGGCAGACUCUAGAACUGAGUGUGUAACAUGCAUGCUUUGUGACUAAAUUGAGUUUUCCUCUAGUGCCGUUAAACAGUUAAGCUUUGCCCUUCACUCUGCCUGCACCCAACUUCUGCUCACUGUGGACCCGUUGUAUCCAUGCCCACCAACCUGAUCCAUGCCAAAAUGUUGGUGUCCAGUCAUGUCAUCAAUAGAUAUGGACUUCCUCGAUUGAGAGGACUGAUUGGAUGUACAGAGAGGUGUUGUUGAGAACAGGAAUGUAGGAAAGCAAAGAGGGAAGAGAACUUAGGGCAAAAAGAUAAAUUGAUUUUUCAGUUCCACUUUGGAGUUUCAACAAUGGACGCUAUGAGUGACUUGCCCAUUGGAGGGGAUAAGAAAGUUUCAGGAAGGGACCAGCUAAACAAAGGACUGAAAGUCCAUCCAUUCAGUAGAUGCAUUGUGUUUACCACAACAUGGGUUUUAAAGUUGAGAAAAGCCCUCAAUAUUUUGGACAUUUUCUCUUUGGAAGGGCAGCUUGAAGGACACUGUUUCUUGUGUAUCAGCUAAUUCUGUCAUUGAACAGUUCAAAACCAGAGAACAGAAAACAAACUGUAGUAUUCAUGUUCACAAAUGUCUUAAAAGCAAUAUACUGCACAACUAGAGUUAUUUUCUUUUUUGUGGAGGUAGUAUGCACCCUCUCUGAUAGGAUGGAGGGAGAUAAAGAAUGCCAAGUGAGUGAUGUAGGCAAAAGGAGAGAGGGACAGAGAACAUAAUAAAAAUAAGAGGGAAAGGGAGGGAAUAUGGGGUAUUUAAAACCAGAAUAUGUUGUUUAUGAAUAUUUUAAAAAUGAUUAAACUCUGCGACUUGCGAGUGAAACCAGUGUUUGACCGUUAUUCGUCAUGGGUUACUUGAGAAAAAAUGCCAAAGUUUGCUCCUGUAAAUACUGUGUAUAAUCAAUAAAAUACAU